AUUGGUAAAAUGAGAGCCAAUUAACUUUUAAUUUAAUGUGUUUAAAAAGGACAAUAUUACUAUAAAACCUGUUUUUAAGAACGGCGAAGUGCUUCGUCAUCUCGAGGAAAGAGUUAAAGUGCUUAAUGACAUCAGCAUUUACGCACAUUCAAUGUUAUCAAUUGCGUCGUGGCGCACGUGCAGCAGCCAGACGAAGAAUUUCUCGCGAGGUGCGUGCAUGUUCUCGCUCGACAAUCUACCAAAGUACUUUCAAUUAACUACUUCCAAUUAAAAAAGAACUCUAAUGACAAUUGAAAAAACAAGUGCAACAAUGUAAUUAGCAACUUUGUAUUUCUCUUUUAGUGUCGUUACCACUAUUCUAACAAUUGAGUGUGGAAAUCUGUUUUUAUUAAUCAAGAAUAAAAAUUACCGAUAACUAGAAACUGUAAUCAAUAAAACUUGUGUUCGUCGUGUAUAACUAAUCCGAAGAUUCCUGACAUAAUGGAGUUAUCUACACUGCUUCUGACUAUUGUGGUAGCAAGUAUUUGCUUAUAUUAUUUUCUCAAAAGCAAAUUAACUUAUUUCGAGCGAUUGAAGAUCCCGCAUGUAAAGCCGAUUCCAUUGUUGGGCAACAUGGCACCUUUUGUUUUUGGACGUAUAGCACACGUGGAACUCGUACAAAAAUUAUAUAAUCUUUUCCCGGACGCAAAGUACUUUGGUUUUUACGAUUUUUCAACGCCAACCUUUGUUAUCCGUGAUCCGGAGCUGAUAUCCACGAUGGCUAUCAAACAAUUUGACAACUUUUCCGACCACAAUGGCUUUGCAAGUGAACUUGAUCCAAUAGCUAGUAAAAAUCUGUUCAAUUUGCAAGGAGAUCAUUGGCGUGAGAUGCGAAAGCUUCUCAGCCCUAGUUUUACAUCAAGCAAGAUGAAAAUGAUGUUUCAACUUAUGAGUCAGUGCGCUGAGAACUUUGCCAAUUCUUUAGCUACCGAAUCCGGAAAAAUUGGCAAAACGUACGAUAUGAAAGACGUACUUUGCAGAUACGCCAACGAUACGGUGGCCACGUGCGCCUUUGGCAUUAGCAUAGAUUCUUUUAAGCAUCCGGAAAACGAAUUCUUUGUUCUUGGAAGAAAAGCAUUGAAUUUUGGAGGAAAAUGGGUGAGCUUCGUAUUUUUGAUGAAUAGAUACUUUACGCAAUUUGCGAAACUCUUCAAGUUAAGAAUGUUUGGUCCAAAGAUAGAGAAUUUUUUUAAAGAUAUUGUUGCUAAUACUGUGAAAGCCAGGGAUGAGCAAGGAAUUGUUCGUCCGGAUAUGAUUCAACUGAUGAUGGAGACCAGAAACAAAGAUAGCGGACCCGAAUUCGAUAUCGACGAGAUGACUGCUCAGGCAUUCAUUUUCUUUAUCGCUGGAUUCGAAGGUAUAUCAACAGCCAUGUGUUUUAUGGCGCAUGAAGUCGGUGUCAAUCCCGAUGUUCAGAAUAAAUUGAGAGAGGAAAUCGACGAUGUUCUCAAACAGACUAACGGAAAACCUACUUACGAGGCCAUUCAUCGCAUGAAGUAUUUGGACGCUGUAGUAAACGAAUCUCUCAGACUAUAUCCAGGAGGAGCUUUUCUUGAUAGAAAAUGUGUCAAAGAAACCAAAUUACCACCAGCAACUCCAAAUGGCGAACCGAGUACUAUAAAACCUGGAGACAGUGUAUGGUUCUCUAGUUUUUCUCUGCAUCGUGAUCCAAAAUACUAUUCGCAUCCAGACAAGUUUGAUCCAGAAAGAUUUCUUAACGGGAAUGUGGACAACUCGGUUUACAUGCCGUUUGGCAUCGGGCCCAGAAUCUGCAUUGCUAAUAGAAGAGAACAAUCGCUAUAACGGCAGUCGAAGGCUUCUGGUUGAAAUUACGUGCAAGGAAUUCGAAGGUUCCUGUCGUAUAAUGUUUAUCUGGACACUAAGUUGAGGAACAAAUAAUGUAGCAUAUUUACAAUUUAUUGCAAUC